AUGGUGACAACAUCACCAACAGGUGAUGGACUAGAUCUUUUCUAUCCACCUGGCAUGAGGCGCCCGCUCCUGGGCGCCGCCGAGCUGGGCUGGCUGGCGCUGCCCGGCGCGCAGGAGCUGCGCGGAGCCGUGCGGCCGCCCUACUCCUACUCGGCGCUCAUCGCCAUGGCCAUCCAGAGCGCCCCCGACGGCAGGCUCACCCUCAGCCAGAUCUACCGCUACGUGGCCGACAACUUCCCCUUCUACCAGCGCAGCAAGGCCGGCUGGCAGAACAGCAUCCGCCACAACCUCUCCCUCAACGACUGCUUCCGCAAGGUGCCCCGCGACGAGGACGACCCAGGCAAAGGCAAUUACUGGACCCUCGACCCCAACUGCGGGAAAAUGUUCGAUAACGGCAAUUUCAGGAGGAAGAGGAAGAGGCGCUCCGACGCCGGCGCGCCCCACAGAGCCGAGGAGGGCGGCGCGGCGGCCCCCGGGCCGCAGGGCCCCCCCGGGCUGCGGGUGACUGAGGACUGUGGUGAGCAAGUCCUGUAG